CUCAAAUAAGGAUGCGCAGGCGAUCCAGAAUCCUGUGAAUAAACACACCUGCCCGAAUCAAUCGACGACUUUUCCUAGUUCAGGUUAACACUGGCUUCCCACCACCCAGAGGAUACUUUCAGCUUUUUCUUUCGUCGAAGAUGAAUUACGAAGACGAUAUACGAGGAGGGUGGAGUGUAAAUGCGAGGGAAAGAUGAAGAAUCGAGGGGAUCAGGCUGCGGUUGACUCUUUUGUCGGUGCCUGCAAGUGAUUUUCACAAGCGGUGAAAACCUUCUACGGUUGGUGGCGUUUCCAUGGACCACGUGCACGUCAGGACGAGGCCGACGUCCAAGAGCAAUCCCUCGAAAAUGGCCUGCGAAAAAGCGGCGAGGAGGCUCAGGACGCUGCUCUUCAAGGCCUCGAGACUCGGCGUCUCGGCCGGCGAUGUCGCCGGACUUCCUUCUGCGAGGAAACUCGUCCCGCAGCGGGAUCACGGCUGGAAAAUUGCUGUAUUUCUCAUACUGAUGUUCGGUGGCGGGGUGAUAGUCGCCCUCGUAUGCACAGCGAGGAGAGGAUGCUCGCGGAUCGAAGAUAUCAAUCUGGCGACCUAGCCGGAGACAUCGAGAUGUCGUUCGAUGAGUUUUGGAACGGACUGAAAUUGAGACGUUCUCGAAGAAUUUCGCCCGGCAAAGCAAGAAUUAUUCGUGCGGAAAGAAUGAGAAACUCUCUACGGUCCAGGAAAAACGCGGUGGCCUUACGUCUUUGUCACGUUGUUUCUAACACCGCACCGUGGAGUCAUCCUAUCCUAACGAUACAAUUGCAUAUAUACGCACACAGUGACGUGAGACUAUCGG